GCAGGAGGCAGGAGGUUGCUCUGGCUGCAGAGACUUCAGCUCCAGGAAUAAAACACUCAACUAGAAGAGAAGCAAUGUCAUCAUGACCUCAGUAUCUACUCAUGAAAAUCAGGAUAAAGGUUCCCAUUUGCCACCACCAAGCAAACAGCAGGAGAAGAUCCUGCUUUUUUGUCCGAAAUCAAAGCUGCGCAUCCACAGAGGAGAGAUUUCAAAGAUUAUCUCAGAGGGGAUAUGCCAAGAAGAUAGCUUCUGGAUGAGAGCCCUACCAUUUUCUCUUGUGAGCAUGCUUGUCACCCAAGGACUCAUCCACCAAGGUUAUUUAGCAUCAAACCCAAGAUGUAGAUGGUUGCUUAAAGUUGCACUUGCUGGUACCUUGGGAUUUGGCCUUGGAAAGGCAUCUAACAUAAGAGUAUGCCAGAAAAGAUUCUACCUCUUUGAAGAUCAGUUUCAUGGAGCUGGUUUUGGUCCUGGACAUAACAGGUUUGAUCUGUUUAUGUAACAAAGGCCCUGUCUACUUACCUGUGAAGAGUGUAAAAUUAAGUGUGCAUUAAGUGAGAAGGGAAGUUCACAGCCUUCAGCCUCCUAA